GAUGUCACACAUAGCAAUACUUUGUGUGUCAGUUGUUCUUCACAAAGUGAUGUCGGUUUAAAAAAUUUAUUUGCUGCCUCCCCUUAUUCUGCACUAUUGACACAAUGUGAGUAUGUUCCUCUCACGGAUGAAAUAUGCAAAUUGCUGAACAAAGACUGGCAUUUUUAUCCGCAAGUUAAAUUUUUUUCUGCGACCUCUUCGCUGGAUCAAUAUUCCUGAACACCAACAACAAUCAAGGCAGUUAUGGUUAAUACUUUAAUAUACGGUAGAACAAAAACUGUUGAUUGGCAUCGUGAACCCUUCGGGAAGCUUAAGAAUAGUGUGCGCACAACCUCUCUUCCCCCACCAGUAAAGAUCGCGCAUCCAAAUGUUUAGCCUGUUUCGUUGAACAACGCGAUGGGAAAACACUGAUAAUCGGCACCCAGGUUUCUAAUGCUUUAGUAACAUCAAGCAUACGCUUGGAUGAAGAAAUCUUGUGCUGUUGGAGGUAUGUCUUCUAAUUUUCAACUCUGUACGUUCAAGGACUCUCUAACAUGCAAGAUUUUUAUUGAUCUUAACUCAUUAAAAUCCGCAAAGGCAUUGAUUGAAGACCCAUCAGCAACAUGUGUAUCAGAUAUCGGCAUCAUAUCUCAUGAAUUACGACAGGUGCGUACGCAAUUUCACUCACCAUCAACAUACACAUCUUGCCGUGCUCAUGGUCCAAUAACCAUGAUUCAUACUUGUCACCCGUUCUCGCUCUUCACUUUAGCUGAAUUUGACCGUGGCCGUAGUCCUUGUGCUUCUAUUUUUCGUACCAUUGUCCGAUGAAGUUUUAACACAUCGCAACAAAGCUGAACUUGACAAGGAAAACGUCGUUAAAUGGAUCAAAGAAGCAACUGGUAAGGGAAAAGAAAUUCUUACGAAAGUCCUUGGCUUGUAUGAAGAGAAUAACGACAGCCUUCCAAUUUUAUUCAAUGUCCCGCUCAAACAAAGAAUUGGAAAAGUUUGUCAUUCUUUUAAAGCCCACAAUUGUUUCAGCAAAUACUUCGGUUGAAAGCCAAGUGAAGGAGGUCUUUAUGAUCUUUAGUUGAUAUUGAUUUGUUUUUUUUCUGUUGUUUUUUAAUAAAGCUGUUGUAUAGUUUAAAAA